AUCCAAAAAUGAAAAAGAAACGUGGCAAGCAUUAUUUUAUUAGCAAUAGGCCAAAACCAUGUGAAGUUGAUAAGAAACCGGACUAUCCAGCCAUACCCUGCCUGCAGUGCAAUCCCAAAUUCCCUCUAUUAUCCAAAUCCUAUCCAACAUCAACAACCAACCUCAGACAAAAUCUCAUCAAAGUUUCAAACUUGAAACCCGAACCAAUCCCCAUCUCUUUCGCCCCUUACUCUCUCUCCCUCUCUCUGAAAGAUUUGGUGGCUAUGGAGGUCCUUUGUUCUUCUUCUCUUUUGACUAAACAGGCUCUUCCUUUAUCUUCAAUCAACUUCACAGGAGCUGGCUCAGUCUCAGUCCCUGGCUUCUCUUUGCCUUCCCUCAAGACUCGAGCUUUUCCCGACUGUAUCAGAAAACACAGUGCAGUUGGGAUCCCAAGGGCCUCUGUUGCUGUUGAGCAGCAGACCCAGAAGGUCAAACUGGCGCUAAUCAGAAUUGGCACCCGAGGGAGCCCACUAGCACUUGCUCAGGCUCAUGAGACAAGAGACAAACUCAUGGCAUCGCAUCCAGACCUAGCUGAAGAGGGGGCAAUUCAGAUUGUAAUUAUAAAAACUACUGGCGAUAAAAUACUGAGCCAACCCCUUGCGGACAUUGGUGGGAAGGGCUUGUUCACCAAGGAAAUAGACGAGGCACUAAUCAAUGGUGAAAUUGACAUUGCUGUCCACUCAAUGAAGGAUGUCCCUACCUACUUACCUGAGAAGACAAUUCUUCCAUGCAACCUUCCGCGAGAGGAUGUCCGAGAUGCAUUUAUAUCCUUAACUGCAUCUUCUCUGGCAGAUCUGCCAGCUGGGAGCACUAUUGGUACUGCUUCCCUUAGAAGAAAGUCACAGAUACUCAAUAGAUAUCCAUCGCUCAAUGUGCUAGAGAAUUUUCGUGGUAAUGUCCAGACACGGCUUAAAAAACUCAAUGAAAAGGUAGUCCAAGCAACCUUAUUGGCCUUAGCUGGACUCAAACGCUUAGAUAUGACGGAAAAUGUGACUUCAAUUCUUUCACUAGAUGAAAUGCUUCCAGCAGUUGCACAAGGGGCAAUUGGAAUUGCCUGCCGAAGCAAUGAUGAUAAAAUGGCUAAUUACAUAGCCUCAUUGAAUCACGAGGAAACAAGGCUAGCAGUUGCAUGUGAGAGGGCGUUUCUUCUGACCCUGGAUGGGUCUUGCCGAACUCCUAUUGCUGGAUAUGCUAGCAGAGAUGAGGAUGGUUAUUGCAUAUUCAAAGGGUUGGUGGCUUCCCCUGAUGGAACCCGUGUACUGGAAACUUCAAGGAAAGGCACAUAUGCUUUUCAAGAUAUGAUCAACAUGGGUAAGGAUGCAGGCCAGGAACUUCUUUCACGAGCAGGUCCUGGUUUUUUUGAUAGUUAAAAGUGAGACGUAAUAAUAGAGAGAAAGCAGCGGAAGUCAAUGCCUCACUCUCGUAUGCAAGUUUUUGUGAUUGCAACCAACGAGUUCAUUUAUCAUCCUUUGGGCCAUCUGUUGUGUUAUUAGUAUUUUAUCUUUUGUUGCUAGAGUGUGUGUUGGUACAAUUUGAAGAAGGAUGAUUGUUUCAUUGAUUGUAUAUUAGAAUUUAGAAGAGAAAUCAGUGACACGAUAGGCUUAGCUUAUUUGUUGUUGUCUGAGAUUAUUUCAUAAUAGCCAAAAUUUUGUGACA